AUGCAACUGAACUCAGUGUCCGCAGCAUGGCGGCGCCUGGGGCUCUCUGAGCCUUCACCAAGCCCAACAGGUGAGAAGCCCACGAUCAGGCGUACAGCUUAUCUCGAUGGCCUACGCGGCUUCGCUGCCCUGAUGGUAUAUUGGGGCCAUCACCAACUUUGGGCUCACGAAGCCGAGGGAGCACAGGAGGCCUUUGAGAACGCGUACGGGUACAAGGGACACUAUUACUUUGCGUGUCUUCCCGGCGUACGCACCUUCUUCUCAGGCGGCCAUUUCGCGGUCAGCGUCUUCUUCGUCUUGUCAGGCUAUGUCCUCGCUGCGAAGCCGCUCUCCCUCAUCCAGCGCGGCGAGUUCAAGGCACUCGGGGACAAUCUCUCGUCGGCGCUGUUCCGACGAUGGCUGCGACUGCAUUUGCCCGUCAUCGCCACUACGUUCACCUACAUGACCAUCCUGCACCUCUUUCGCAUCCGCGCCAUCCCCGAGAGCAAGGAUACUUAUCUGGAAGAGGUCUCGAAUUGGUACAAAGAGUUCAAAAACUUUAGCUUCAUCUUCCGCGGCGGUGGCGAUCCCUGGUUCACGUACAACUUCCACGCAUGGUCUAUCCCUGUCGAGUUUCGUGGAUCGAUUGUUGUCUAUACAGUGCUUCUUGCAUUCUCGCGGUUCCGUGCAAACGCACGCCUUUGCGGCUACCUCUUCCUGAUCUUCUACUUUAUCUACAUCGCCGAUGGCUGGUUCUGCGCCCUGUUCGUGGCCGGGAUGCUACUCUGCGAGCUGGACCUCGCCGCGCAAAUCGACGAGACGCCCACGAUCCUCACGAAGCUGCGCCCCUGGAAGAAGCCCAUAUUCUGGACGCUGUUCGCGAUAAGCAUCUACCUCGGCGGCGUCCCCUCGCACAACUCCGACCUCCAAAUCCUCCGCGACUCACCAGGCUGGCAUUAUCUCGCAUACCUAAAACCGCAAGCCGUCUACGACUACAAGUGGUUCUACCUCUUCUGGGCGGCAACACUGCUCGUCGCAUCAAUCUCGCGGAUCGCACCCCUCCGCGCAUUCUUCGAGCUCCGGCCUAACCUGUAUCUCGGCCGCGUCUCGUUUGCAUUCUACCUCGUCCACGGACCCGUUCUUUGGGUGCUGGGCGAUCGACUCUACGCGGCCGUCGGCUGGAAUCGCAUGUCCCAUCCGACGACGUGCCCCGGGUGGAUAGACAGAUUGCCGCUGCCCCGUGUUGGCCCGCUGGGGAUGGAGGUCAGUUUUCUUGCUCCGCAUUUUAUUCUCCUCCCAGUGACGCUGUGGCUGGCGGAGGUGGUCACCAGGGUCGUGGAUGGGCCCAGUGUCCAAUUGGCUGCGCGAUUAUACGGGAAAUUCCUGGCGGUGGAGUUUUAG